AUGGAGUGGUUACUGUCGGACGACCCAAUAGAGACUACCGAAUCACAUGAUAUCUCCGAUUGGCUGAUUUUAGUGCGCGGAGCUCGCGUUUCAAGCCCAAUUAGAGAAGGUCUUAACGUCCACAGUGGCGAGCAACUUCGGCUCUUGACUAAGAAUUUGAGACAAGUAAUCAAGCAUGAGGUGAAAAUGGUGAAGGAAAAAGAAGAAUAUCAAAUUCUCUACCCGACUCCAAUAUCAUACCAUGUGUCGCCGGAACAUAUUUCAUUAAGCCAAAAGGUUGGCUCAUCCGCACAACAAGAAAAGAAGGAAAAACGAGCCAAGGCAACGUUGGUGGGAAGAAACAACACGUCUUUCAAGCUUCCCGAUGAAUGCAUUGCUCAUGCCAUGAAAUUUGAGGAGGAGAAACUCCAAAAGUUAAAAGAUCAGAAGGACAAAGUGUGUCAAUAUUCUCUUUUUGAGAGAUUGGAGGGCUGGCGCAUUGAUCGAAAGAAGAGGCCCUACGGGGUGAACUUUGACAUGUACUUUGAACAUGAGAAGUCCAAAGCAAAAUUUAGAUCAGUUACUGAAGUUAUCAAGUUUAUAUUGCAUGGGGCUUAUCCGAAGAAUAAGCAAAAUUCAAAGCAAGGCAAAUUAGAAGAAAGAUCCGGUGGAAGUAGUUUUGGAGUGAAGCAGACUGUUGGUGCUCUCAUCAAUGGAGCCAUUCAAAAUCUUUUUAACAUAAACGUGGGGAAGAAUGCCAAUCUUUUGGAUUUUCUGUUUCAAUUACCAUCCAAGCAGCCUACCAGGAAAUAUGGCUCAAUGAUUUGUAGCACACUCUGGGUUUGCUUGGGGCUUCGGGCUUUGCACUUGUUGGAUCCAUGUGGGUAUUUCUGA